GUCUUGCCCUGCCUCUGCCAGGGAGGCAGAGUUGGGAGUCAUGGCACAGGCAUGCACGCUGUGCAGCCUCCCACACCUGCACCCUGAAAGACCAACAGACACCCUAAGAAACCUGAUACACAAGCACAAACUGAUAAGAUACCCAAAAAGGCAAAGGCAGACAGCAAAACAUGGCUAAUAUUACACAGUACUGCAAGAGAAAGUAACACCAAAACAAAACAAAACACAGACAUCAUCUCUCAGUUCCUUCUCAAAUAAAAAAAAAGGCCAGGUGCAGUGGCUCACACCUGUAAUCCCAGCACUUUUGGAGGCCGAGGUGGGCGGAUCACUUGAGGCCAGGAGUUCGAGACUAACCUGGCCAACCAUGGCCAACAUGGUGAAACCCCCCUAUCUCUACUAAAAAUACAAAAAAUUAGCCGGGCAUGGUGGCUGGCGCCUGUAAUCCCAGCUACUGAGAGGCUGAGGCAGGAGAACUGCUUGAACCUGGGAGGUGGAGGUUGCAGUGAGCUAAGAUUGUACCACUGCACUCCAGCCUGGGCAACAGAGUGUGACUCGGUCUCAAAAAAAAAAAAAAAAAAAAAAGGGUGGGUGAGGUGGUGGCUCAUACCUGUAGUCCUAGCACUUUGGGAGGCCAAGGUGGAAGGCUCUCUUGAGGCUAGGAAUUCGAGACCUGCCUGCACAACAUACAGAAACCCUGUCUCUACAAAAAAUAAAAAAACUAGCUAGGUGUGGUGGUGUGCGCCUGUAGUCCCAGGUACUUGGGAACCUGAGCAGGAGGACUGCUUGAGACCAGGGAGCUGGGCCUGCAGUGAACCAUGGUUAUGCCCCUGCACUCCAGAUAGGGUGAAGUGGGUAGCUUUUCACUUGAUCUCCUCCUCAUUGUCUCUUAUGUUUAAACAAGUCUCAGACCUGGUGCAGAGGUGCAUGUACCUCCAUUGCUGGACAAGGCCUGACUUUUGCCUGCUGGUAGGGCCUCCUCAGUUCUAACCAGCCUUCUGUGACCUCAUUCUCUAUCCUGGUUCCAUUUUCCACUUUGUGACUUCAUCAGUUAAAGAUCCCAUUUCAGCCAUCAAGGUUGAGAGGCCCCAAGACCCAGUUCCUUUACAGAAUCAACCCUGGGGUGGCUUUAGGACUGUGCUCUUUGGAGCUCAUCCUUGGACCCACAGUGGAGCGCUGGUCCGUGCUGAUGUCUUCAGAUACCAAUCAAUGGGCAUUUGGCUCCUUGCUUCCACUGACCUCUUGAGUACUUUCAACGAUUGGUGUCAGGGGUGCCCCAGCUGCUGUUUCUAGAGCAUCUCUGCAACCCACGGUGGCCUCUCCUCUCUCUGCGGGCCAUGGACAGCACAGUCCCUUCAGCCCUGGAGCUGCCCCAGCGGCUGGCACUGAACCCAAGGGAGAGCCCGAGGAGUCCAGAAGAGGAGGAGCCCCACCUGCUGAGCAGCUUGGCUGCAGUCCAGACCCUGGCCAGUGUCAUCCGGCCUUGCUAUGGCCCCCACGGCCGGCAGAAGUUCCUGGUGACCAUGAAAGGAGAAACAGUGUGCACGGGGUGUGCCACUGCCAUCCUCAGGGCCCUGGAGCUGGAGCACCCAGCAGCAUGGCUCCUCCGGGAAGCAGGCCAAACCCAGGCAGAGAAUAGUGGGGACGGCACAGCCUUCGUGGUUCUGCUGACGGAAGCCUUGCUGGAACAGGCAGAGCAGCUGCUGAAGGCCGGCCUGCCUCGCCCACAGCUCCGGGAGGCCUACGCCACGGCCACUGCAGAGGUCCUGGCCACACUGCCCUCCCUGGCCAUCCAAUCUCUGGGGCCUUUGGAAGAUCCAUCCUGGGCCCUCCAUUCUGUGAUGAAUACCCACACCCUGUCCCCCAUGGACCACUUGACCAAGCUGGUGGCCCACGCCUGCUGGGCUAUCAAGGAACUAGACGGCAGCUUCAAGCCUGAGCGUGUUGGGGUGUGCGCGCUGCACGGGGGGACACUGGAGGAUUCCUGCCUCCUCCCGGGGUUAGCAAUAUCUGGGAAGCUCUGUGGGCAAAUGGCCGCAGUGUUAAGUGGUGCCAGGGUGGCUCUCUUUGCUUGCCCCUUUGGUCCUGCCCAUCCAAAUGCACCAGCAAUGGCCCGUCUUUCUAGUCCUGCUGAUCUAGCUCAAUUUAGUAAAGGAAGCGAUCAAUUACUAGAAAAGCAAGUAGGCCAGCUAGCAGCUGCAGGAAUUAAUGUGGCAGUGGUGUUGGGGGACGUCGACGAGGAGACCCUCACACUGGCGGACAAGUAUGGCAUCGUGGUAAUUCAAGCUAGGUCUCGGAUGGAGAUCAUUUACCUGAGUGAGGUGUUGGACACACCUCUGCUGCCUCGUCUGCUCCCUCCCCAGAGGCCAGGCAAGUGCCAGAGGGUUUACAGGCAGGAGCUGGGAGAUGGUUUGGCUGUGGUAUUUGAAUGGGAAUGUACAGGCACACCUGCCCUCACUGUGGUUCUCAGGGGAGCCACCACCCAGGAGCUGCGGAGUGCAGAGCAGGCCGUCUACCACGGCAUUGAUGCCUAUUUCCAGCUAUGUCAAGAUCCCAGACUGAUUCCAGGAGCUGGGGCCACAGAAAUGGCUUUGGCAAAAAUGCUUUCUGAUAAAGGAAGCAGAUUGGAAGGGCCCAGUGGGCCUGCAUUCCUAGCAUUUGCCUGGGCCCUGAAGUAUCUUCCUAAAACCUUGGCAGAGAAUGCAGGCUUAGCUGUCUCAGACGUGAUGGCAGAAAUGAGUGGAGUGCACCAAGGUGGGAACCUCCUAAUGGGUGUGGGAGCUGAAGGGAUAAUAAAUGUGGCCCAGGAAGGGGUGUGGGACACCCUAAUAGUCAAAGCCCAAGGAUUUCGAGCAGUGGCUGAGGUGGUGCUACAGCUCGUGACUGUAGAUGAAAUCGUAGUGGCCAAGAAAAGUCCCACACAUCAGCAGAUCUGGAAUCCUGACUCUAAGAAGACAAAGAAACACCCACCUCCUAUGGAAACAAAAAAAAUCCUUGGAUUGAAUAACUAGUGAUACCCUCAAUAAAACAGGGAUUGCCAAGAAGGGAACAAUCACCCCAAAAAUGAAUGUUUGCCUUUAUUCCAUGUUUGGUACUUGAUUCACUUUCUUUAAAUAAAAACAUGAAGGAACAUAAAA